CCGGGGGUGGAUCCGCCGCUCGGUUCAAUGUAAUCCCGUCUUUACCCCGGCGCACUCACUCUAGUCGUCCGCCAUGGCGACCGCAGAAAGCCUCCUCUCCGGUCCGAGCAGCUUCUAAAAUAAACUCAACCGGGCUUCCUUUUUUUUUUUUUUUUUUUUUUUUUUGUUGUUUUGUUGUUGUUGUAGCCGCUGUUGCUGGACGUGGAUGUAACUAAGAUCUCCUUUCAGCUGGGGGAAAUACAAUACGUGUGGAUAAACCCGCAUUUCAAGAGCAGAGGCUGGGCAGUGAGCAUUGCAGUGCAGCAUGGCCGAGCCAGACCCAGAGCCAAUGGCCUCUGGAGCAGGGCAGCGUCUUGGAGCCCCGGCGACUCUUGGCAUCAGUACACUGGACCCCGGGCACAGACCCCCGGCCAUGCCCCCUGGACGACAUGUCACCAUCAGGGUCCGCAUGCUGGACGACACAGAGGAGCUCUUUGACGUCUCGCAAAAAGCCUCAGGCAAGGUGCUGUUGGACCUGGUGUGCUCCCACAUGAACCUCAUCGAAGGAGACUACUUUGGCUUGGAGUUUCAGAACCAUCAAAAGAUGAUGGUUUGGGUAGACCAUAUCAAGCCCAUUAUCAAGCAGCUCAGACGACCGAAACACACAAUCCUGAGGUUUGCUGUGAAGUUCUUUCCUCCGGACCAUGCCCAGCUACUGGAGGAGCUAACCAGGUACCUGUUUGCCCUCCAGAUCAAACAGGAUGUUUCCUGUGGCCGUCUGACCUGCAAUGACACCAGUGCCGCGCUGAUGGUCUCCCAUAUUAUCCAGUCUGAGAUUGGGGACUUUGAGGAGAGCCAAUGCCGGUCACACCUCCUCAACAACAACUACAUCCCAGAACAAAUGCCCCUGAUUGACAAGAUCAUGGAGUUUCACUCAAAGAAUAUAGGUCAAACACCAGCAGAAUCAGACUAUCAGUUACUAGAAGUGGCUCGCAGGUUGGAGAUGUAUGGGAUUCGCUUCCACCCUGCCAAGGAUCGUGAGGGCACGAGGCUAAGCCUGGCUGUGGCGCACACUGGUGUCCUGGUCCUUCAGGGGCACACAAAGAUUAAUGCCUUCAACUGGUCUAAAGUGCGUAAACUGAGCUUCAAAAGGAAACGCUUCCUCAUCAAGCUGAGGCCAGAUCUAAAUAGUUCAUAUCAGGACAGUCUGGAGUUUUUGAUGGGCAGCAGGGAUUGCUGUAAAGUCUUCUGGAAGAUCUGUGUCGAAUACCACGCCUUCUUCCGCCUCUUUGAGGAACCCAAGCCCAAGCCCAAACCUGUGCUCUUCACACGAGGGUCCUCCUUCAGAUUCAGCGGUCGCACACAGAAGCAGGUGAUUGAUUAUGUGAGGGAGUCUGAGUUUAAAAAGAUCCCGUUUGAAAGGAAACACAGUCGGGUCCAACAACACAAUAUCCGCCUGUCGCCGUUGCCUUGUCCACGCCACCAUGAAGUGCCAACAGAAAGUGGCGCUCCCGCGGAGAGAGUAGACUCUCCCUCUCGGCGUCAUUGGAAGGAGUCUGUGUUGGUGAGUGCAGAAGACCCCUCUGCCUCGAGGACAACCAGGGCCAGCCCGUCUCACCAGAGAAACGGCCACGAGGACAGAACGGGAUCUGAUUCCAGGACCGAGGAGACAAGAGGCUCGACACGACAGACCCACCCAGAACAUCUGAGUAAAGGUCCAGCAUCUCAGACUGCUAAAGGCAACAGCUCUUCCAUCCCCUUCACUGACUGCAGUGAUGUAGGAGUGGUGCCCAACAGCCCUCACCUGUCUGCGUCCUCUGAUCACUCACAUGGCAUGGUCAAUGGUCAGAAGUCCCUGGAGCUGUGCGGUCACAGUCCCGACGGCCGACAACUGUCCCCCCUCACCAGCCCGCUGCUGUACGACGCCGGCUGCGUUCGCACUGACGAUGAGGACGAGGUUCGAAGGAAGAGGUUCCCAACAGAUCGGGCCUACUUUAUCGCCAAGGAGCUGUUGACCACAGAAAGGACGUAUCUGAAGGACCUGGAGGUGGUGACUGUGUCUUUCCAGAGUGCUGUAGGACAAGACGAGGCGACUCCAGACUCUCUGAAGAACACCGUCCUCUCCGCCUUCGAGCCUCUGCACAAGUUCCACGAAGGUUUUCUCAGGGAGGUGGAGCAGAGGCUGGCUCUGUGGGAGGGACGCUCCAAUGCUCACAUAAAAGGAGACAACCAGCGCAUUGGAGAUGUCAUGCUGAAGAACCUUCAAGGCUUGAAGCCCCUGACAGCAAACCUGCAUAAACAGUCUGAAGUUCUGUUGGAGCUGGAGAAGGCAUGCAGGGCAUCCCGCAGGUUGGAGGGUCUCUGCAGGGACUUUGAGCUGCAAAAGGUCUGCUACGUCCCCCUCAACGUCUUCAUUCUGCGGCCUCUGCACCGCCUCAGUCACUACAAGCAGAUCCUGGAGCGCCUGUGCAAACAUUAUCCAGCUACCCAUGUGGAUUUCAGGGACUGCAGAGCUGCUCUGGCAGAUGUGUCCGAGGUGGUGGAGCAGCUCCAGGGAAGCCUUAUCAAGAUGGAGAACUUCCAGAAGCUUCUGGAGCUGAAGAAGGAUUUGAUUGGCCUUGACAAUCUUGUUGUUCCUGGUCGGGAGUUCAUCAGGUUAGGCUGCCUCAGCAAACUGUCUGGAAAAGGCCUCCAGCAACGAAUGUUUUUCCUGUUCAACGACGUCAUUUUGUACACGAGUCGAGGGAUGAUGGCGAACAAUCAGUUCAAAGUGCACGGCCAGCUGCUGCUCCAUGGCAUGACAAUCAGAGAGAGUGAAGAUGAGUGGGGUGUGCCUCACGCCUUCACAUUGGUUGGACAGCAGCAGUCUGUGGUGGUGGCAGCAAGUUCACUAAUGGAGAUGGAGAAGUGGAUGGACGACAUACAGGUGGCGAUAGAGACGGUGAAAACCAGCAAUGGGCCUUCAUCUGACCCUCUGACCAGCAGUCUGAUAGACAUCAAAUGCCCUGAGGACUCCUCGGCGGAGGCGGAGUCUGAGGACGACAUAAUGGCGUCGCUCACCUCGCUGGAGAGGCCCACCCCUCACCGUGGUAACACCAUGGUGCACGUGUGCUGGCACAGGAACACCAGUGUGUCCAUGGUGGACUUUAGCAUAGCUGUGGAGAAUCAGCUGUCUGGAAACCUACUGCGGAAGUUCAAGAACAGCAACGGCUGGCAGAAGCUCUGGGUGGUCUUCACCAACUUCAGCUUGUUUUUCUACAAGUCUCACCAGGAUGAUUAUCCAUUGGCCAGCCUUCCCCUGCUGGGUUACUCGGUCACCAUCCCCUCAGACUCUGAAAACAUCCACAAGGAAUACGUCUUCAAACUGCAUUUUAAGUCCCACGUCUACUAUUUCAGAUCGGAGAGCGAAUACACUUUUGAGAGGUGGAUGGAGGUCAUCCGCAGUGUCACAGUCCCCUCCAGCAGCGCUCGUGUCCUAAACAGCAAAGAGUCCCAUCUUCACUGAAGUCGGCUCAUCUUGUUUCCACACACCUCCUUCAGGUGGCAUCAGUCCUUCCUGUCCCCCCCCCAAGACUCUUUGCUUUUCUUUUCUACACAUAUCUGGGACAUUUGUACAUGUGUCCAUGCACAUUUGGUGCUUUUUAAUGCUUUAAUGGUGACAUGUCCGCUGGUUUAGACUGCAUCAGAGACUGCAUUUUUUUGGCAUUUUUACUCUCAACUCUGAAACCUCUUUUUAAGGAUGUCAUUUUAUACUGUUUUCUAAUGGUCUGAACUACUUCCUAUCUUUCUGGUUUUACAUGUUGUCAUUGGUUGUUUAUAGAUAUUCAGCAUUCUUUCUUAGAUGGUUAAACUAUCACUGCAUUGUCAUAACGUUUUUGUCUACUCUCUCAUCUUAUUGAAAACUGCUGCUUUGAAAAUGUCCUGCAACUUCAGUGCCAAACUGGUUUAUAUCAAUGUCCUGGACUUUUAAAAUGUUGUUACAUUGGGGAUGAGGAGUGUCUCCUUAUACUGAACACCAUGACAUUUUAAAUCAUGUUAAAACAGGCCACCCUUUAACUGUCAAUGCUCUAUUCAAUACUGGUCCAGCACAAUGUGUUCUUGUUAAAAACAUAAGUGAUGAAAAUAUUUUGUUGUAUUAUUAUCAUUACCCCAGGAUUGAUCACAAUGUAGCCAUGGGUAGCUGCCAUCACAGAUUAAUGCCAUUUCAAUUCAAAUUAAUAUUAUAUUCACGGAACUUUAUUAUAUGAAUACGUCUCAAACUGUUUCGCUUUUUUUUUUUUUUUUUUUUUUUUUUUUUUUUUUAUUAACUAAAGUUCCCCUUCAGCUGUAUGAGAAAGUGUGAGACUUGUUCACAAUCAUGGUAUUAUGAAGGUGGGUGUCAUUGAAAGCUUUAUGUGUAAAAGAAAAUAGAAACUUUCAGUUCCAAGCGCCGUUGCCCUCACUGAACUAGGCUGCCUCCUGUAUACAGAGAUCUUUUCAUGGGUCUAAAUGAAUGGAAAUAUGCAUUUGACAGGGUUUAGCAGUGAAGCAAAUGAAAUAGAAAACCUUAGUUCUGCUUACAAUUGCAGCUGGGUUUUCUUUUCUUUUCUUUCAAACAGAGAGCUCUUUGGAAAUGAAAGCAAUAAAAAAAAAAAACUUAUUCAAACUUGGAUUUGUGUUAUUUGUGUUUUUGUUGAAGGUCAAGAGGCUGGAGUGAAGUUUUCUCUCGGAGAAUAUCAGUGCAUGUACAGCUAGGCAGCUCUUCAGUGUGUUUACAGCUGUGACCUAUAGAUGGCAUCAUUGAUUAAGACUUUCAGUUCGUUCAAGUCAUAACCACAGUGCCUGUAAAUGUCACAUUCUUUAUAUUAAUGUAUAGUAAAUACAAGCAAUAGAAAGGCUUGUUUUGUUCUGUGCAGCGACUGUAA